AUGAGUUAAAAAUUUACAAAGGAGCAAUAAUUAUUAAUUGAAGAAAUCAUCAACAAAGGAUACAACCAAGAAGACUUCGAGUACUUCGUGCUUCAGAAGGAACCAGAAAAAGGUACCACAGCAUUUUCAAUUAGGUCAUGAAUUAAGUGAAUGGACUUAUGGCGAAUUGUUGAACAUCAUUUAGUAAUAUCAGCAAGAAAGUAUUCCGUACAACAUAAAUUAAGAAUAAGACCAAAUACAGGUCUAAACCCCAUUGAUAGAACCUGAAUCUCCAGAGAUCAUAGGCUCCUUUUCAUUUAUUGAAAAGGAAGUAUAUGCAUAAAAUCAAAAAUAAGAAGCUAUCAAAAUUGUACAUCAUCAAUUAUUAUGCAAUUAGAAUGAUAAAAUGCAUAUCUUACCAUACGAAAAAACAAUUAAAUGCAAACAAUUGUAUUUUUUUAUUGAUGAAAAUGUUGAGUUGUAAUUUGAAAUCAGCGCGUAAUUUUCAGAGUAUUUCUUUAGACCAAUCGAAGAAAGAGGAGGAAUCCUAGAUUUCUUUUCCAAAUAGAUCGUGUUUCCCAUUUAAGUUAACCCAAUGGAAUGGAAGAUCAAGAGAACCCUUUAAGAUUUUGCCUAAUUGAGAAAUGUACUUUGUGCAGCCUUCCCAGAAUUUAUUGUAUUAUUGUUAUCGAGUCUAGAUACCCUCAUUUCCGUACAAAGACAUUGAUGACUACGAUAUAAUCAUGAAGGAGUAGUAGAACAUAAUAAAAGUGCUUACUGUAUUAUCGAUAUUUAAAUUCACAGAUAUUCCUAUAAAUCUACAAUAAGAAACCGAUCAUCAGAACCAUUGCUCCCAGCUUGCAUUUCCUGAAUGAAACCAAUCCCAAAUAAUUCUAAUCAAAGUUUUACAAUCAGUAAACUGUCAUUAAGUAAUAUAAUCUCAAUCAAAAAUAAUCAAAGACAGGAACACUGUCAGUCCAAUUCAAUUAGAAUCAGUACCAAAAAUACAAAGAUUACUAUUCGUAUCUUAAUUCAGAAUAGGCAAAUUAUGAAAUCAUCUAAAAACAUUUGGAAUAGUUUGCCGAAUUCACUUACAAAGGACAAUAGAAUUUGGGAUUUUCAAUUGAAAUGAUUCAGCAAUUAUGUGUUUCACUUCCUCAAUACUUUGAAGCCUAAGAAUUUGGAAAAGCCUUGAGCAUGAUUAAGUCUCACUUUGUAUCAUCAAUUAACAUUAAUUUAGUAAACCUAAAAAGACUUCAUCUUGAGAUCCACCAAACAAAUCAUGGAUGUGUUGUUGAUUACACUUGUGAAAUUCAAGAAUUCUAGAUAACAACUCUUUGAAUUGAAAUCAAAUCUCAAUGAGACAUUUCAAAACUUUUCAAAUGAAUUCUUUCUCUUAGAAAAACGAAAAGAAGAACUAUUCACAUUAAGUUGAUGUUUUACUUAUAUUUUAGAGGACUUGUAGAAAUGGGGUUUGAAUUCAGAUUUACAAUCUAAAAUAGACAUCAAUAGGUGUUUCACAGACAUUAAAUACGCCAAAGAAAUCAUGCUACCCAAAGAGACCUUUUAUGUCAAUGAGAAGAGAGACCAGUAUGUGUAUAUGUUGAAUCAUUUCAAUGAGUAAUUCGAUCAGCAAUUUAUGAUUGAAACUGAUAAACUGUUGAAUGAGGUCCGUUUUUACUUAGAUAAUAUGCGGUAUUACACCAAUAAUCAAGUAUUUUGUGAUUGUGAAACCUAGUUGUAAAAUUGGGAUUUUCUCAUUUAGGAAUAUGAAGUAUAUAAAUUUCAAUAUAGUUAAAAAUUGAGUGUGAAUGGAUGA